GCCGCCACCGGGCUGAGUCCAGCCGGGAGGGGGAAACCUGCCGCUGCUGCCGCCGCGAUGAGCCCGCCGCCCCGCGGCCCCUGAGCCUUGAGCACCUCGGCCCGGCUCGGCCCGGCCCGGCUCGGCUCGGAGCUCCCCCCCCGGUGCGGGGUUGCGGCGGGGGCUCCCCCGUUGCGGGGGGCUCCCCGGCGGCGGCUGCGGCGGGGUACUAUGCUCACCCGGGUCAAGUCCGCCGUGGCCAAUUUCAUGGGCGGCAUCAUGGCUGGCAGCGCGGGCGGCGAGCACGGCGGGGGAGGCGGCGGCGGCUCCGACCUGCCCCUGCGCUUCCCCUACGGCAGACCCGAGUUCCUGGGGCUGUCCCCGGACGAGGUGGAGUGCUCCGCCGACCACAUCGCCCGGCCCAUCCUCAUCCUCAGCAAGGAGACGCGGCGCCUGCCCUGGACCACGGGCUACGCCGAGGUAAUAAAUGCAGGGAAGAGUACACACAAUGAAGAUCAAGCCAGCUGUGAAGUCCUCUUUGUCAGGAAGAAAUCUGGAGGCGCGAAUUCUACACCAAACAAGAAUUCAACAAAACGGAGGUCGUCACUGCCGAACGGAGAAGGUCUCCAACUGAAAGACAACUCGGACACAGAUGGGAUCAGCCUGUACUACUGGUCCCUGUUCGAUGGACAUGCUGGGUCAGGAGCAGCGGUGGUCGCUUCCAAACUGCUGCAGCACCAUAUCCUGGAACAGCUGCAGGAGAUCGUGGACAUCCUGAGGAACACGGCCAUCCUCCCCCCCACCUGCCUGGGAGAGGAGCCUGACAACCCGGCCACCAACAGCAGGACACUGACACGGGCAGCCUCCCUGCGUGGCGGCGUGGGGGCCCCGGGCUCACCCAGCACCCCUCCAACACGCUUCUUCACCGAGAAGAAGAUCCCACAUGAGUGCCUGGUUAUUGGGGCUAUAGAAAGUGCAUUCAAGGAAAUGGAUUUGCAAAUAGAACGAGAGAGGACCGUGUAUAAUAUUUCUGGUGGCUGCACAGCCCUUGUGGUGGUGUAUUUAUUGGGGAAGCUGUACGUGGCAAAUGCUGGUGAUAGCAGGGCUAUAAUAAUCCGAAAUGGUGAAGUCAUUCCAAUGUCUUCAGAAUUCACUCCAGAGACUGAACGCCAGCGACUUCAGUAUCUGGCUUACAUGCAGCCCCACUUGCUGGGAAAUGAGUUCACACAUUUAGAGUUUCCACGGAGGGUGCAGCGCAAGGAAGUUGGAAAAAGGAUGCUCUACCGUGACUUCAACAUGACUGGCUGGGCAUACAAAACCAUUGAGGAAGACGACUUGAAGUUUCCCCUAAUAUAUGGAGAAGGCAAGAAGGCUCGGGUUAUGGCAACAAUUGGGGUGACCCGAGGACUGGGAGACCACGACCUGAAGGUGCAUGACUCCAAUAUCUACAUCAAACCUUUCCUGUCCUCAUCUCCUGAGGUGAGAGUCUACGACCUCCUGCAGUAUGAGCAUGGUCCGGAUGAUGUUCUUAUCCUAGCUACUGAUGGACUCUGGGAUGUUCUGUUAAACGAAGAAGUGGCAGAAGCUGUCACUAACUUCCUACCAAACUGUGACCCUGAUGAUCCCCACAGGUACACACUGGCGGCGCAGGACCUGGUGAUGCGAGCCAGGGGAGUGCUGAAGGACCGGGGCUGGCGAAUCUCCAACGACAGGCUGGGCUCUGGAGACGACAUAUCUGUCUACGUCAUUCCUUUAAUACACGGGAACAAGCAGUCGUGAGAGUAGCAUCGAGAGCGGUUGCAGAAAGGGGAUCUUUUCAGGAAGGGUCUCUAAGAGACGAUGUGUUCUUGGUGAUCUGACUGGGACAUCUCCAACUGAUGUAAUCUAUUCAAAGCUAAUGCUGGAGGGGUAUUUUUCUGCCCGAAAGGCAGGGCUCUGCACAUAUACUGUAUAUGAUUAAAGAUAACCCUUAAGAUUACAACUCCCCUAUAGAAAAGGUUUUGGUGCUUAACGGGAAUGGGAUUUAAAUGCUGCUAGCAUAUUAUGGAUUCUGUCAUCCCUCCAGGUGAAGACAUGAAAUAUGAGUUAAUUUUUUUCAGUUUACUAUGUAGCUUGGAAGAGCCAUUUCAGUUCUGAAAGUAGAGGUGGGUAUCAGAAGCCAUGGAGGCUCCUGAAGUCUAACCCCAGGUAUUCAGAGUAGUGACUUGGGUUACAUCUCAUUUAAAAGUACUUUUAUAGAUAUAUAUAUAUAUAUGAGACUCAAAAGUUUUCUUCUUCCAAAAAGUUGCUUUCAUGACUUACCUAUGGACAACUGCAAACUUGUGUAAUCCUUUGAAUCCCCAUUUUUCCUCUCAUCUCUUCUUCAGUAGACUAUACUCCUGUAUUUUAGUAGGAAAACUGAAAUUGUUUUUAGUGUGACUAUACCUGUUUACUGCAGCUAAAACAGCCAGCUGCAAAAUUGUCCAGGAGAAAUAGGUCACAGUCUUGUACUGCAAGAUUUGUUCUGAUACGAGGAGUUAUUUGUCGAGAUUCCCUGUUGUGCGUAUACCAUGCUUAUACAGGGCAAGCAAACUCAGCUUUAUGUGAUGUUUACCUGGAGGUCGUGGUUUCUUUGGGAUCAGAGAUUUUCAUUCGUUGAAUGGGUCUGUCUGCCUUAUCCUGUUGAAAGGAUCCCUGAACACACAGCUUUUGCAUCAGCUGGGAUUCGGUAAAUUUAUUUGGGCUCCUGAGUAUAUUUUCAUCUGGAUUUCUACUUGAAGUGACGAUAUUGUUCUGGUUAUCAGUUCGGGUACACAGAUAGUGAUCUGUUUAAGAAUGAUUUCACUUCUUCCUGCCUCACUUACUAUUCACCAUAUUCCUGCUUCCUGCUUGACUUGGCGAUCAGAAAGUGUCAGCUUAUAACUUUCUGUCCUCUCCGUUGUUGAGGACUGUAGUUGAGGAUCAAAAGAUCACUGUGAUAGUUACCAGCCCUUCACCCUUCACUAGCUUCAUCAGCUUUUUUUCUUACCAGUACUGAAUUGAUUUAAAUAAAGAAAACCUGAGUACAUUAUUGGAGUAAAAGCAAGUCCAAGGGAGUAACAACUGAGCAAAUCUGCAGCUUAACCUAGCUGCCUGCUCUUCAGACAGACAGCUCUUCACUUCACUUCAUUGGCUGCAAUUAAAAAAAAAAAAAAAAAAAGGAAGGUUCUCAUAUAUAGGCAGAUGUGUCAGCUGGGGAGCCAGAUUCAACCUAAAUUGCUCCCAGACCACGUUCUUUUGGAGCUGCUAAUCCGGCUUGUACAUAAAAGCUACUUCUUGAAUAGCCAAAAGACAGGGAGCUGACAUAAUUGCAGAGCACUGACUGGGCAUCUCACAAAUGUUAUAUCCUUUCUAAAGGAGAAACUGCCAGCUCUAAGAGGAGGAUGCUGUGUCCUUUGUGCUCCCUGAGGUGUGCAGACUUUCUCCUGAACAGGAGUAGCCUAGAGCUUGCCAGUUUUAUAAUUUAUAACGUGCUAUGUAAACAAAGAACAGUGCUGUUUGGUAUAGCUGCCCAGAUGCUUUAUUUGAUUGCAUCCAAAAGUACGUGUGCAACAUUCUCAGAGAAUUUCAAAUGCCCUACUCUAAGUCUCUAGACCCAGUAGGAGUUUCAGAGGUGAGCUGAGCCGAUGCGGAGUGUGUGAUGGCUCACACAUGCAGCAAACUGCAUGAUUUUAGCCUGGAAGCUGUUCCAUGCAUGCCCCAGUGCCUGCAUAUGAUAAAGCUGUGCAGAACACUGAGGUUUUAUGUUCUAGAGCUUCAGUAUAAAUCAACCGUGUAUCUGAUUAUGUGUUAUCACACUAUCUAUUCCUUUUUAUUUUUUCCCCUUUACAUCUUUUUGUAUGAGCAAAUGGGUGAAAAGAGAUCUGCAGGUUUGGAGUCUAGAGUAUUUUUCACAUGGCCCCACGUAUGUUUUGAAGUUCAAGCAAGAGAUCUUCUCUUGCAGUCUUUUUUUUUUUUUUUUGGCCUAAUAAACUUGUAAACAUGCUUUUCAUGCUCUGUGUAACUCCUGUUGUCUCUUUGCAAAUGCAGUUGUGUAGUCCUUUAGCAAUAAAGAUCCUCUUUAAUGAAGAAACUAAUGGCAAUUCCUCUAAAGUCACGUGAACAGCAAAGAAGCUGAUGCUUGCUCUUACCAGCUACAAGCCAGAGUCAAAUAUUUUGGUACCCAUGUGUUAGUCUUCAUUAUUCAGUAACAUGGUGUCAGCAUUCACACCAGUCAUUAUAAAACCACUGAGUACAGUGUGGUAGAAAUUAAUUUCCGGAAUAGCAUCAGCCAAAAUUUAAAAGUGAAAUUUCAAGGCAAUGGAAAAUGCAUCUUCUCUUUCAGUGGUGUUUUUAAAUGUACCCCUAGAGAGAUGGGGCGGCAGAGUGCAUGACUCGGUGGGAGCAAAUUCAGGGAUCAGUUUUCAGAGCAAAAUCUCGCAGGCAUUAGUAUGGCUUUGUGCAUCAGCCUCCAGUUUUGCUGUUCACCUGAGGCAUUGCCAUCAGUCAGCCUGCUUCCCUGCAGCUGCUGCGCCUACCUAGGUCAAGUUGUGUUAGCUAUGAGCUCUUCUCCUGGAAAGGGCAGAAGCACAGGAUCAACAAUUAACAUCAAUUAGCAUCAAUUCUGAAAAUUUUCAAGAGUAAUAAAAAGCUUUCUACUCAGAUGUAUGUGACUGAAACUAUGCUGUGAUGUUUUUUUGUUUUGCUUCUUUACAAAGUCCCUGUUACACAUUUACAGGCUUGCCUACCCUAAGUGUCGCUGGUUCAUCUCUGAUCGCCGCUUUAGCACCUGGGCUCUCACUUCUACUUGCCUUCAUUAGGAGCUUCCUACAUGCCUGCACUGUGCUCUGUGCUCUGCUUCACAGCAUGGUAUGAAUACAUCUACAUGCCAAAGCAUGGCACGACUAGGAAGCAGGAGCCAUUUGUUGGGGAGGUUUGUGUGAAGCUGGUAUAACUAAGCGCAUUCCCUACUUCAUCACAGAGUGCAUUACUGGGGAGUCACAGCAUUAGAAAUCACUGACGGCAGGGAGGAAGGGUUGCUGUGGUCCACAAUGCACAAUGCCAUUUUUCAGUUAGACACAGGAUGGAUACGGCCACGUUCAGACUUGUAGCUGCUCUGCUGCUCAGUGAAUCUCUGAAAUCAGGAGCUCAUCUCGAACUGGAGCAAGUUCGGCACCAAGUCCAAAUCUUAGGUCCUUGGCACAUCAUCUUAGUCACUGCCUGAUGCUGUCAGCACUAUGUUUUUGUUGUGUUUUUUUUUGGCUAUCGAAGUUCUCUUAGUAUCCAAAAUUGUUUAAGUGUGAGCAGCAAGGAGCCUCAGCCCUGAGUUACAUCUGUAUUAGCGCUGCCAUUGCACAGUGCUGUAUCCUUGCCAGUGCGCUGGCACUGCUCAGAAAGCUAGGCAAGUUUUCAUUCCUUGGACGCCAGCAAGGAAAGGAAAUAGUAUGCCACAUAGCUCAGAUUAGCAGACAACGCCAUCUAACAUUGCCUUCUGGUGCCUGGUCCAGUCCAAUUUCUAGAAACCCAGACCCAAGAAGCUUCUACCAUUCCCCCGUGAAUGCUGUUGCAGAAUGUAGGACAGACAUUUCAGAGGUUUUCUCUCACACUACAGCCUGAACUCACCCUUACUUAAUUAGAUGAAGACAGCAGUUCAGAAUUUCAUUUACACCUUAAGUGAGGCAUGCAACUGUCUUCUGUAAAAUUAAUGCAGUGAUGCUUCCCGUAUGAACACAGAAGUUUGUUGUCCAAGAGGGCUAAUUUUCAGUGGCCUCAUGCUGGAGAAAGAAAAUGUUUUUAAUAAAAGGACUUCUGAAGAGCAACAGGUCUAACAAGCUAAAGAAAAGCGGUCAUAGCCUGCCAUUAGCCGUGCUUUUUCAUGUUGAAGUUGAUUCCAUAUUAAAAUACGACAGGUGAGGUCUAUGAGAUGCGGUAGACUCUGUGUCUCCAAGAUAUUUUUGAAGAACUAAGAACUGCACUUGAUGUUUUGGCUUUGAGCUUUUACUAGGUUUUAAAGAACACUACACACUCCAAGCCAAUCUGCUGUGUUUCUUCCUGCAUCAGCAUUUUGCUGCUUUUUUUUUUUUUAAUCUUACGUGCAAAUAAUUUCAACGCUUGUAUCAAACAGGAGCUGCAAACUCUACGGAACUGUUGUUCCUUCCCGACAUUCUCGGUGUGUAAAUAGUUUUCCUCCACAUGUUUUAGAUGCAGACGUAGUGAUGUGGCUGCCAUAGAGCGUGACCAAACAAUGCUGUAACUGUGCUGCUGUAUUUCUACCUGUGACGUACUUGAAGGAGGAUGCCCUUGUCCACCUCUGGUCUCAUUUUUUUUUAUUAUCGUUAUUUUUUCUUUUUAUUUUUUAACUGUUGCUGGUGAUGUUCUUUCAUAGGUAUCUUAUUUUUGUUUGGGAUAUUUUUUAAUAGCCGUCACUGUUUUCUUCCCUUCAUUGGACAAGUCAUCUUAUUUUGAGACCUGUAAAACUCUCUAGGUUUUAUAUGUCCUGAAGAAUGGAGGACCUGCUGGAGGAAGAUGUUUUGGACCAAUGUACUUAUGCUUUGUGACUGUGAAAUGUUAAUCUUUUUGUAACCUAAGAACAAAAAAAAAUGUUUAGUAAAGGGAUAUAUUUUGUGUUUUUUGAAACUUUUCAGUGCAAUGAAAAAAAAAAGAGGAGGAUGCUGAAGAAGUGUAUGCGCAAAAUUUUAAAUAAAAUUUUAAAUUAUAUAUAUACAUCUAUAUCUAUAACCAUUAUUAUUCUGACUGUCCUGAAGAGUACCUGAGUCUCCUUGUGUAUUAAUUGUGCAAUACAGUCAAGCAGCACACAGUGUUUUACCAGGGAAAGGCCAAGUCCCUGAUGAGAGGUCUCACACCAGAUCUAAUGAAGUAUAUCCCUGCGAGGUGCCUCAGCAUAUGGGGUGAUCCAGAGGAGUUCAGCUGUAGGAGAGCCCUGUGAGCUGCACGCUGCUUUUAGGUUGUGAUUCAUUGCUCGGGUUGCCAGCUGCUGUGUUUGACUCAAUGAAGAGCUAUGCAGAGUGCUCAGCUCUCCGCUGUCUGUGGUAUGAAAAAUUGGGUGCAAGUUCUGAAAUGACAGUGCAGUUGGGAUAUGUUUUUCCUCCCCAGUUUCUCAGGAAUCACCAUCUCAAAUUCCAUUCCAAAGUUUUUAUUAGAGUGAAACCGAAGCUGAUUCAUUGAUUCCAUCGAAGCAAGUCGUCAUGGUAAUUCAGCAACCAAAGAUGUAGCUGAAGGUACGGAAUAGGCAGGAGGUAACACCUGCCUCUUUGCACUGUACCAGCACACCCAUGGGCAAUGUCCUUAUGUAGCACAGGGAUGAGAUCUGGGCGUGCUGUUUGCUGUUUGCCUCUUCAGAUGUUGCCUUGUAGCACUACUACUUCUCUCCAUUAUUAUUUUACUUCAGAUUCAGUAGAAGAGCAGUGAACACAUUUGUUCUGUGUCACCAGUGUUACCCCAGUUUUUAAAAUGCUGCAUGUGCCCGGUGUGUUAACUGAGCAUAACAGAGCAAAGAUGAAGGAUUUGUUGUUUUCAGUCUGGUUCUUCUUACUCUCCUCUAAGUCCUACCAUUUACUACUGCACUCAGACCACUGAGUCAGUUUUAAAAUUACAGUCCAAAUACACUUUGGAGUAGCUUUGCCGGCCUCACUAGUGCAAGCUGAAUAAAUCAGAGUCGGUAGUGUGCAGUGACAGGGUGCUGUCCCAUGCCAAGUGAGCCUAAAGGAGCAUGCUCUGCAUCGUGUUAUUGCUUUUGCGUCUCUUAGACCCUAAAUUGUGUCAGACUGUAGCUCAAGUA